AAUCGCUGAUCUUCCGUCAUUCCGUAUUGUGUUUUCAAACUGCCCUUCCGGACUAUCCCGAGUACUUCCGACUUUCUCCGAACAAAACCGACUAUGCAAAUUACCAUCGCCGAGGGAUUUUGUGUAGCUUCACUAGAGACGUCGAGCUUCCACCUUGCACUGCUACUAAAUUCGGUCUGGGGAGCUUUCUAGGUUGACACGGGAUGGGACUGAUGGAGGUCUCCGGGGACUAUUAGGACUGAGUGAUUCAUCUCUACAAGAUGUGGCAUAGAUCCAGGCUGCUCUACACUCCAGGGUUGUUACUCUCUGCUGCGUCUACACAGUUGUAGCUAUGGGUGCUAAUGCAUCGACUGGAGGUCCAGUGGAGAAGAUCCCCAACCCGCAAUACAGGACGUCGGCGUUGCUCCACAGGUACUCAUCUGUUGACACGCCGCUGGACCCGGAUGUGGGGCACGGCCUGCCGCACACGCUGGCCGCGUCCCGCCACCACUCCGACAAGAAGAAGAAGUCGUCGGCCUUCGCCACGGUCCGUAAGAAACUGACGCGGAGGAAAAAGGGCAGCAAGUCGGCGGACCACGCCAAGGCUAUCCGCGAGUUGACCUGUAACUGGGAUGCGAGGGACAUCAACGCACUUGUUGAGGAGUAUGAGGCAGGGGCUGCGCUGAAGGAGCUCAGCAUCCAGGCCGACCUGGCCAGGCCUCCUUCCUCCCUCCUCCAACAGGAUCUAUCCGACUUGUACGACUACAAGUUCUGCACAGAUGUAGACUUGAUAUUUCAGGAUGCUUGCUUCCCUGUCCACAGAGCCAUCCUGGCAGCCCGAUGCCCGUUUUUCAGAGACUUGCUCUGUCGCGCGCCCGGCUACGGCCAGGAAGUCUUGGUCGACAUAAAAACCGCAGGAAUGGACAUUCCAAUGUUCUCGGCGUUACUGAGAUAUCUGUACACGGGAGAGUUUGACACGGAAGGAUCGAGACUGGAGAACCUGGAUGUUCUGGUGCAUCUUGGCGACGAAUUCGGUAUCCCAAAUGCCCUGGAACAAGACUUCAAAAUCCUCCUGGAAACGGGAGACUACUACGACGCUAUGCUAGUGUUUUCGUCUGAGGCGGGACCACCGGACCCCAACGUGACGGAGGCCUGCGGUAGCGACUAUUACUUUGAUGACGAGUUGCGUUGUCACAAAGCAAUCCUGUCGGCUCGCUCCCCUUUCUUCAGAAAUAUGCUGCAAAAGCGAGUGCGUACGGGGGAGGAGAUGACAGACAGAACGUUACAAACACCCACCAGGAUAGUCCUGGACGAGACGGUCAUACCGAGGAGAUACGCUCGCGUGCUGCUGCAGGCCAUAUACCUGGACACGGUGGAUCUGUCGUUGAUCGUGCGCGAGAGCCCGAGUGCCACGAGUUUGAGCGAGGUACAGGCCAUGGUGGCGGGGCGAGGGGAGCUGUCACAAGCAGAGGAAGCCAUGGAACUCUUCCAGAUAGCACAGUUCUUGGAACUCAGUGUGCUGGCACAAGGCUGUGAAGACAUCAUAGCUGAGAGCAUCACAGUGGACAUGCUGAUCCCCACGCUGCAGUGGAGCAGGCAGCCGCACGGCUCGGAGUGGGCCCACAGACAGGCCCUGCUGUACCUGAAGGAGGAGUUCUCCCAGGUAGCCUCCUCACCUGUGCUGUGUGAGCUCGGAAAAGACUACUUGGGAGAGGCCCUGCAGUCCGACUACCUCCAGGCCAGUGAACUGGAAGUGCUGAAGGCCGUGUUAAAGUGGGGGGAACACCAGCUGGUGCGGAGGAUGGAGGAAAGAGAGCCUAACCUGGUGAGCACGACGGCCCACAGUGUGAGUAAGAAGGGUGUGAAGAGGAGAGACCUGGAUGAUGUGGAGCUGCGGGAGAUCCUGUCGGAGGUCCUGCCGUACGUCCGGGUGGACCACGUCCUGCCCGCCAGCCACGACGUCCUGUCCGCCGCCAUCAAGCGCGGCCUGGUCAGCAGCCCGCCCUCCCACAUGCUCGGGGGCGACACGGGGAAGGCCAACGCCUGGAUCCCGGGCAAGAGCAGCGGCAUGUACAUCAAACCCAGGUUAUUCCAGCCGUACAUGGACGAAGCAAAGGCUAUCCUGGAGGAACACCUGGAUGCGGAGAUUGAGCUGGUGCGCCUGCGUAUGAUGCGGAUGUCGCACAUCCCCGACACCCUCUACAUGGUGGAUGACAAGACCCCCUCCAGGGUCCGACACAGACCCAGUGCCAAACCUCCAGCCUUCAUCGCAGGGGAAGUACCAGUUCCAGAUGUGGACAAGGUCCGAGCGAUGUUGGGGAGGGAGAAGGAGCUUCGUCGCAUCCCGUUAGCACAGCGAGCAUACGGCAUCUGUCCGGACCGUGGCCUGGUCACGUACCAAAUCCACCUGCGGGUGGUGCGUGAGUUCGGCCUGCCCGACGCGGCCGUAGAACUGUUGCAGUACCCGGGGGACUACUACCUCGAGCUUCUCGACGACAUUCCGGGUGCGGGGGCGACCGCGGCCGUGGCGUUGGCGGUCCCUCCGAUGUCGGCCCCCGCCAGACACCUGGACGAGACCAGAUUCUCCUUCACCCCCUCUCCCAGACCCCUGGCACCCAGACCUGCACCUGUCCAACAUGUGGAUCCACUUGAUGUAACUGAAUGCACGCGGCGAGGUGUGAUGCCUGACAUCGCUGUUCCGGCUACUUCUGCUACACCCUCUGUGGGCCGGCAGCUGCAGCGAAGCCCGGAGCUGGGCGAUCGGAGCGGGGCUCCCUUCAGCAGGUCCUUCUCCUACAGCUGAGGGAACACCUGCAAACAACUGUUUGCAAGCAGGUGCUAGGCUCUACAGGUGGCUGCUGGUCCAUAAUGGACUCAAGGCGCAGAAGGGCCAUUCCACUUUAAAAAGUGGAUGGGUGGGGGAUAUAGCUCCCCCUUGAAGCUUUUAAAAUGAACUUGCCCUAAUCUUCCUUCAAUUAUGUAAAUGUAAGUAUGAAAAAUGUGUUCUAAACACUUUUAUAUUAUUUCUUACCAAUCCUUUUGUGAAGAAAAUGCCACAGCUGUGUCAUAUAUAUAUAUAUGUAUAUGUAUACUUAUGUAUAUGUAUAAUGCUAUCAGACUAUAGAUAUAGAUAGGGUAGGUGGUGAAAGUUUAAGUAAAAUUUUUGAUAAAGAUUUAAGAAUCCUUCCACACCACUGAUGUAUUUGGACACCCUUUCUGAACAUGAAGCACCAUAUGAUAUUUCUCUACAGCAUUCAUGUCCUGACUGAGAUUGAAGUCCAAUCUUAUAGUGGGGUGAGCUCUUUUUAGCUGCAUUAGAAUGAAAAAUGGAUUGGAUGCUAUGAUUGUGUUUUGCUUUGUAGUAUAACGUGUCAUUGCAAAAGAUGUCACCGGCCAUUGUACAGCCUUUUUCUAUAUCACAGUGCCAAUCACAAAGACGGCUGCUCUUUUUGAAUAUAGCAAAUCUUAAUAUCACAGCAUACAAGAAUAUGCAUACGCUGUACUUGCUUAUCUAAUGAAAAAUGCCCCGCUUGUAGAAAGUGUUUUUUGACGAGAAUUUGGGCAGAAAGGUUGAAGUUUUAUGACAUUGCCACAUUGGAAAUGAACUUCUUCGUGAACUUUCUUUUCCAGAAAAUCAUUUUGUACAUAUGUAGACAUUAAAUAAAUAUGUAUAUGCAAGGACAGAACUUUUAACUGAUAAAAAAUGAAGUCUUCUUGUCAGUCCCCUCUCCACAAAAAUAUUGUGGUAUGUAUUUGUAAGAAAAAAAGGAAGAAAGAAAAACAUCUUCAUGAUUUCCUACAUUUUCAAGCUAAAGUUUAGAAACUUGUUGGGAAAUAAUACAGAAACUUUUGUUUCUAUAAGCCUGAGGUUUGAUUUUCCAUACUGAUUUUUUAUACAAUGUAUUAGAAAUUUUAUGCCUGCACAUAUUUUGCUAUUGACUUCAUAGAUUUGUUUCUCAAAUGACUUAUAAUUAAAAAGAAAAAUAGAGAAGUAAGUUUCAAGCACAAUGGUCAUACUAGCUCUCUGGAUACCCUAGACUUCUAGAACAUUUAAAAUUUAUGUUGACUUGUCACUAUUUGUAUUGCUGGGCUUCCAUAAUAAAAUAGGAUUUGUCUUUUUCAUGCACUGUAGAUAAUGAAUCAAGAUAUGUGUACAUGUACCAUAAAGUUUAUGUGUAAAGAACUGCUAUGCUAUAAUCUAUUUUCUUUAUGUUGAAUACAGUAGGCUAAUUGACUUUCCUGACAAAAUGAAAUGCAGGAUUUAAAAGAUUGUCUAUGUUUACGCUGAUUGGUACAAGAACUUAUGUCACAUUUUGCCUUUCAUUUAAAUGUAUGGAUGAUCAUUAUUGCAUUAUAUGUUUGUUAUAGAGAAUCCUUGAUAUUAUUUACUCAUAAUGACAAUCAUAGAUAGAUGUUCACCAUUAGACACUUUUGUAUGCAGUCUUUGCAAGGGCAACAAAACUAGAAUUAUUGAUAGUAGAGCUUGCGUGAGUCUUCCAUUUUACUUUUAUCACAUUUUUGUAUGUAUCAUACAAUUUAAAGUUACAUGAUCUAUUUUACUGUACAAAUUAUUGUCUCAGCAUAAAGUCUAGUUUCAGAUUAUGGAAACUUAUGAUUGAAGUAACAACCACAGAUUGGAAGAGCAUAAAAUCAUUGAAUAUGGACUGUAAGAAAUUGACACUUGUCAUUCCCUUGUGAUUUGUGUUGUCACUGCAUUUUGCCUUAUUCUACGUUGUGUAUGUACGUUCACAUGAAUGUUUACCAUACAACCGUAAUAUCUCAAAAGAUCAUGCAAAGAUGACCUUGCAAAAAAUUGACAAAAAAGGCUUAGAUUUUGCCUUCAGUUAUAGUUAUAGAUCGAUCAUCUAAAAUCUUGAUGACUUGCUUCCCUUGCUCUUUCUCUUAGUUAAGGC